AUGUCGGAGAAUAGCGUGGACCGCACUUCACACCGCGAGCGGGCACACGUGCCACCCGGUGGAAAAGGGAGAGAAAGGAAAAGGAAACUCGCUGUCCGAGGGAUAACUAGCCAGUGGAGAUCGCGUAUGUGCAUCCUUGAGAACUUUUUGUGUAAAUGCAAAGUUUCAUCCUUUCGCUGUGUCAGUCAAACAGAAACACCGACAGCACAAAGCAGCGCUCUACACACAGCAGACGGGAAAGAGGCAAAGUCUGCUGUGAACACUUUCUCCUCCCAGAUUCCGGAAAAAUUAACAGGUGUGAAUCCCAUCCACAAUGGCCAGGUUUGCAGUACGUGGGGUAACUUCCACUUCAAGACCUUUGAUGGAGAUGUUUUCCAGUUGCACUCGACUUGCAACUACGUCCUGACCUCUUCAUGCAGGAGCAGUUACAAGGACUUCAACAUCCAGAUAAGAAGACAGGAGGCUGGCAACCAUCACACCAUCAAAAACAUAAUUAUGAAGCUGGAGGGUUCAGUAGUGGAGCUCUCAGAGGGCUCAGUGGUUAUCGAUGGAAAACCGGUGUCUUUACCAUUUGUCACACUCGGGUUGACUAUCAAGGAGACCACAUCUAGUAUCUCUGUCGAAGCUAAGCUGGGAAUAAGAGUUAUCUGGAACCUGGACGACUCCCUGGAUGUUGAAAUAGAUAACAAAUACCAGAACCAGACAUGUGGACUUUGUGGAAACUUUGACGGUGUUUCCAAUGAUUUCAUGAAAGAUGGACUUUUGCUGUCUCUAAUGGACUAUGCUGAUACCUGGAAGGUGGAUGGGCCAACAGAGACUUGUGAGGAGUCUGUGCUCAACGCAGUCCUGAGCUGUGGCGAUAAGCUAUUCUGUGACCAGAUCUUCUCCAGUGCUUCAUUUAGUAGUUGCCAAAACCUUCUGGAUGUGGAAUCCUUCAGUAAAGUCUGUAUGGCUGAUAUGUGCAACUCUAAAGAAAACGUUGACUCUGCUCUCUGCAAAACCAUCUCAGAGUACUCCAGAGAGUGUAUCCAUGCAGGUGGCCAGCCCCAACAAUGGAGAAAUGCAACGUUUUGCUAUAUGAAAUGUCCAUACAACAUGGAGUUCUUGGAGUAUAGCAGUUCAUGUACUGACAGCUGCUCCACCCCUCAUGCCAGCCGGACAUGUGACAGUCACUACAGCGAUGGCUGCCGCUGCCCUGCCGGAACGGUCUUUGAUGACAUCAGUAACACUGGCUGUAUCACAGUGGAUCAGUGUCCAUGUCUGCACAACAACAACGUCUACAAGUCAGGAGAGUCAUACUCUUACACUUGUGGAUCAUGUGUUUGUGAGAGUGGCCAAUGGACAUGUACGGAGGAGAACUGUCCAGGAACCUGCUCUGUGAAGGGAGGAGCCCACGUCAACACCUUUGAUGGAAAAGUCUACACCUUCCAUGGGGACUGCUCCUACGUGCUGGCUAAGCACGAUAAUGGCUCCUUAUACACUGUGCUGGUGGAUCUGGUCAAGUGCGGUCUGGCUGACAGUAGGACCUGCCUCAGAGCUGUAACUCUGGGUUUAUACAGCAAUUCUAUGGUUGUUAAAAUUCAGGCAUCCGGGCAGGUCUAUGUGAACCAGAUUCUUUCUCAGCUUCCACUGUUUACACCGGAACUGAGUGCCUUCAGUCCAUCAUCCUUCUACAUCCUCAUAAGCCUAAAGGUGGGCAUUCAAGUGAUGGUCCAACUGUCCCCCGUGAUGCAGGUCUUCAUCUCAGCUCACCCUUCACUCAAAGGAACAACCUCUGGUUUGUGUGGAAACUUCAACGACAUAAUGAGUGAUGACUUCAGGGUGAUUAGUGGGCUGGUGGAGGGCACUGCUGCAGCGUUUGCCAACACAUGGAAAACUAGAGCCAGCUGCCCCGACAUUACAACGCACUUUGGACACCCCUGUCGUCAAAGUAUCAGCCAGGAGAGUUAUGCCGAGUACUGGUGCUCUAAACUAGCAGAUCCCAAGGGAGUGUUUGCUCCUUGCCACUCGGUCAUUAGCCCCAACAUUUACCAAGAUAAUUGCAUGUAUGACAGCUGUAACUGUGAGAUAAGUGAGGACUGUAUGUGUGCUGCAGUCUCCUCCUAUGUCUACACCUGUGCAGCUGCAGGAAUCCAGCUCACCGGCUGGAGGGCGACCAUCUGUGGCAAAUUCAGUACAUCGUGUCCAGCUGAGACAGUGUAUGACUAUAACAUGACCUGCUGCAGUCGUACCUGCCGUUCUCUCAACCAGGCUGACUACUCCUGCCAGACCAACUUCACCACAGUGGAUGGCUGUGGCUGUGCCGAGGGAACCUACAUGAACGAGGUGGGGCAGUGUGUGUCCAGCGAAAGCUGUGCCUGCUACGAUAAAGACAACAUUAUUCCUCCUGGACAGGCUGUCAGCAAAGAUGGCUUCACAUGGUACAUACACAACUACUACUACUUCUACUACUACUACUGCACAGAGUCCUCACCAUCAUGUGUUGCCCCCAUGGUUUACUUUGACUGUUCCACUGGUCAACCUGGGACCACUGGGACUGAGUGUCAGAAGAGCUGCAGCACCCUGGACAUGGCUUGUAUCAGUACAGGCUGUACAUCUGGCUGCAUGUGCCCUGAUGGCCUUGUGUCAGAUGGAGCAGGAGGCUGUAUCAACGAGACCAGCUGUCCAUGUCUGCACAAUGGACAGGUCUAUCAACCUGGGCAGACACUGAGUGUGGACUGCAACACAUGCUACUGUAAUGAAAGGAAGUUCACAUGUACCACCAAUGAGUGUGAUGCAGUUUGUGGGAUUUAUGGCGACGGUCACUACGUCACAUUUGAUGACAAGAGGUUUGACUUCAAUGGAGAGUGUGAAUACACACUCCUACAGGACUACUGUGGCACGGGUCAGAGCAAUGGAAGCUUCAGAAUUAUCACUGAGAAUGUUCCCUGUGGAACCACAGGAACCACCUGCUCCAAGACCAUCAAAAUCUUCCUGGAGGAUAAUGAAUUCCAACUUAAAGAUGAGAACUUCCAGGUGAUAAAGAGCAGCAGCCAGGUGAUCCCUGCUCAGUUACACAAGAUGGGUAUUUAUCUGGUGGUGAUGAUCACACCAGGACUUGUGCUCAUGUGGGACCAGAAGACCAGUCUUUUCAUUAAACUCAGCCCGCAGUUCCAGGGUCAAGUCUGUGGCCUGUGUGGAAACUACGACGGCAACAGUAAGAAUGACUACACCACACGUUCCCAGGAGACAGUGGCAGACGUUAUAGAAUUUGGUAACAGUUGGAAGAUUUCAUCCGACUGCCCAAGUGCCCAACUACUCACUGAUCCCUGUGCCUCUAACCGCUACCGGGCAGCCUGGUCCCAGAAACAGUGUAGCAUCAUUACCAGUGUCACCUUCCAGAGCUGUCAUUCAAAGGUUGACCCUGGUCCAUACUUUGACUCUUGUGUGAGAGACUCUUGUGCUUGUGACACGGGUGGGGACUGUGAGUGUCUCUGUACUGCUGUCGCUGCAUAUGCCAAAGCUUGUAAUGAAGCUGGGGCCUGCAUUAAGUGGAGAACUCCAAAGCUGUGCCCUAUUUUCUGUGACUUUUAUAACUCCCCUGGUGACUGUGAGUGGCACUACAAACCUUGUGGAGCUGACUGCAUGAAGACAUGUAGGAAUCCAUCAGGAAACUGUUCCAACCUCAUUACUGCCCUGGAAGGCUGCUAUCCACAGUGUCCCCCAACCCAGCCCUACUUUGAUGAAGACACCAUGAAGUGCACUGCCUGGGACCAAUGUGGCUGCUAUGAUGACAUAAACACCCAUUACAGCAUUGGAGAAAAGGUUCCAUCGAACAACUGUUACACUUGCUCCUGUACAGUCUCUGGAAUAAGAUGCAACUACAAUGUAAACUCUUGCACAUGCUUCAUUAAUGGAAAAACCUACAAAUAUGGGGCAACCAUCUACAACACCACAGACGGGCUAGGAAACUGCAUCAUAGCUGAGUGCGGGGCAGAUGGCAUUAUAAACAGAAGUAUGUGUCACAACAACAAGCCCUGA